ACAGAGAAAAUGAAGAAUUUAAAAAUUGUGGAACUGCAUGUCCUAUAACAUGUAAGAAUUACGAUAACCCACCAAAAUUUUGCACCUAUCAAUGCGUCAGAGGAUGUUUUUGUAAAAAAGGCUAUUAUAGAGCAUCAGAUGGAUCUUGUGUUUCGAAAGAAGAUUAUUUUUAUUUUACAGGGUGCGACAGAGAAAAUGAACAGCUUUUAGAAUGUGGAACUGCAUGUCCUAUAACAUGUGAGAAUUACGAUAACCCACCAAAAUUUUGCACCUUGCAAUGCAUCUACGGAUGCUUUUGUAAAAAAGGCUAUUAUAGAGCAUCAGAUGGAUCUUGUGUUUCGAAAGAAGAUUGCUUUUAAACUUAUGUCAUAUUAAAUAAGUUUCAGAAAUAAAGACAUGAUUUCUAUGA